AUGAAUUUUAUCAAACUUUUCGUCGAUCUUAAUCAAUUGAAAAAUAUCGAGAAUUUCAAUCAAUUCAAAGUUCCAUCCGAUCAAUUAUUUGAUAUUAAUGAAGCAACUGGAGGUGCACCGUUUCGUGUCGCUCUAAGUCGUGUAAAACGACAAAAGCUCAAACGUACCGAUUCUAAAUUUUCUCCAUUUCUAUCAAUGAAAACUUCAUUGUAUUCACCAUUCUAUGUUCUACCUCCAGGAUUUGUUCCACGUUCACCGCAUUCGUCAGAAGAUGAAGUUGAUGAUCAUGAAUAUUAUCGUGUUAAUGGAAUGCCACCAAAUUUCCGAGAAUAA